GACUGCCGAAGACUCAAGCCCCUGCCAGCUGAGUGUGUUAGGGGGCAAACUGGGAGCUGGGCGGGGUGGGGGCUCUGCCUGCUUCCCUGUCCGGCCGCCCUCCGGCCUGCCUGGCUGCCUGAUUGCCGAUCCUGCCUGAUCCAGCCGCUGCGGCCACCACCUCCUAGACCGCUUUCAAAGGGCAAAGCAGUCUAAAGUAGAUGGAUAACUCACAUUUCUCUAGUGCUCUGCAAUUGACAAAGGAAUUCCUCCUGGCAACCCUGGUGACAGAGAAACUUCAGCAUUUUUCUUCCCCACUUUCCCUGAGCCUCCGGGAGGUGCAGUGACUGCUCCACAGACACACAGCACUUAGUAGUGUCCUGGAAAAUGCACUGGCCUUGAAGAGUGAGUCCCAGCUCUGUCACUCACUAGAUUCCCCACUCUUAGACCAGCAGCAUGGAGUGCCAAGAGAAUCAGUACCGGGACCAGUGGGGACACUGUGUCACUUGCCAACAGUGCGGCCCUGGCCAGGAGCUCUCCAAGGAAUGUGGCUAUGGGGAAGGAGGAGAUGCAUUCUGCACCCCUUGUCCCCCCCGAAGAUAUAAGAGUGGCUGGGGCCACCAUAGCUGCCAAGCCUGUCUAACUUGUGCUGUCAUCAACCGAGUCCAGAAAGUCAACUGCACUGCCACUUCCAAUGGAGUCUGUGGAGACUGUCUCCCCAGGUUCUACUGUAAGACCCGAAUCGGUGGCCUUCAGGACCAGGAGUGCAUCUCAUGCACCAAGCAAACCCCUGUGUCAGAGGUUCAAUGUGCCUUCAGAUUGAGCUCUGUGAAGCUUGAGGUGCCCACAGCGCCCCCUCAGGAAGCUACACUCAUGGUGCUAACAAGCAGUGUGAUAAUUGUUUUUGCCCUGGCCCUCAUAGCCUUCGCCAUCAUCUACUGUAAGCGUUUCAUCAAGCGCCAGUUCCGGCAUGGUUUUAUUGGGUCUCCAGACUUUCGGGGACAGAGAGAACUAUCUCAGGCUUCUGAUUAUGUAGGCCCGUGUCCCAGCAGAGAGCUGGGCAUGAAGAAUUUGGGUCCUGUUGUCGAGCAAAAUGGAGUCGCUGUGGAUUCGGUGCAGUUUGUGGCCGAUAGCCCAGCAUCCAGGACCGAGGGAAAUGAGCAUCUUCAUCACCUACACGCCAACCUUGAGUCUUCUGCUGCGCAGCUGACCUGCAAUCCCACCGAUACCCAGGUGCUCAUCCAUACCUGCCCGCCUUCUGAGACCCAACCCAAUCCAGUGGGGCACCCGCUGACACUUCCCUCCUGUGCCUCGGAAACACAGUCGUGCUGGGCCCAUGCCCCCGUCGAAUGUACUGAGCUGGACCUUCACAAAUUUUCGAGCUGCAGCCCUUACGCUAGUGCAGAAGGGCACAGGGAAGCUGUCAUCUGGGCCAUGCCAGGGGGCUCUGGAGAUAGAAUGGGGUUCACCCCUUCCCUAUACCACUUAGAGAAAAAGUCUCCUGCACCGGAUUCUUCCUUUAAGGUCUCUUCGGCCAACGGUGGCCACAUGUCCUGGUAAACUGUCCAGCCACAUAUACUGAACUUCAAGUUCCAGUAUUGAUGACUUAUUUCUGUAUCUGUUCUGCAAGCCUGAGGGGGGUGCAGCUCGGCUCCCCAGGCUAGUCUCCCUCCAUUUUCCAAAAACAACUGAUUUAACUAUU